AUGACUGAGAAGACACAUGACCUGGUAGAGACCUGUCCCCUGAACCUGGAUAGAGCCUGCGACAUGAACGUACACAAUCAGUGUGUGAUGAACGUGCCAAGCCUGUGUGGGACAGACCACACGGAGCGCAGAGGACGCAUCUUCCUCAAGAUCGACGUCAGCGGAGACAGGUUACACGUCACAGUGGGUGAAGCCAGAAACCUGAUCCCCAUGGACCCUAACGGCCUGUCUGACCCCUACGUGAAGCUCAAGCUCAUCCCUGACCCCAAGAACGAGACCAAACAGAAGACCAGGACCAUACGCUCCUCACUCAACCCCACCUGGAAUGAGUCUUUCAGCUUUAAGCUGAAGGUAAUGGAUAAGGACCGUCGUCUGUCUAUAGAGGUGUGGGACUGGGACCGCACCACCAGGAACGACUUCAUGGGCUCAAUGUCGUUCGGUGUGUCUGAACUCAUCAAGUCCCCCGCCUGCGGCUGGUACAAGAUGCUGUGCCAGGAGGAAGGGGAGUACUACAACGUUCCCAUCCCUGAGAUCGACGACGUCAACAUGGAGCUCAGGCAUAAGUUUGAG